AUGGCCCUCUCAUCAAACUGGCAGGCACUAUUAGCCUCUGAAAGCAGCCCUACUUCCAUCAGAAAGACCAAGCAAUCAAGUAGGAAGAUCAAAAAUGAUAAGAAAGUUAGCAAAACAAAAGCCAGUAGUGCCACUCAAUAUUCUUCCCGGAAACGCAAGAACGGUAGUAAAAUUAUGGACAUGGUAUAUAACAUGAACAAGGAAAUUAGUAAGCACGAGAAGGACAAACUCGAAGGAAAAUUGUUCGAAUUCAACCCAACAAAAGGAAAUGUUGUUACAACUAUUAAAGAGCCAGUACAAGUAGGUGUGUCAGAUGAUACUCGUGCUGGCAAUAAUAAGAGCAAAGAAAUUGGGAAGUACAUUGCCAUGGAUUGUGAAUUUGUAGGCGUUGGUCCCGAGGGUGAAGAGUCUGCGUUAGCUAGAAUAUCAAUCGUAAAUUAUUUUGGACAUGUCAUCCUCGAUGAAUUUGUUAAACCAAGAGAGAAGGUUGUAGAAUGGAGAACUUGGGUUAGUGGUAUUAAACCAGAGCAUAUGAAAAAUGCUAUAACUUUCAAAGACGCACAAAAGAGGACUGCGGAUAUUUUGGAAAGCAGAAUUCUUGUAGGACACGCUCUAAAGCAUGAUCUCGAAGCAUUGAUGUUAUCCCACCCAAAAUCAAUGCUCAGAGACACUUCAAGACACCUCCCAUUCAGGCAAGCCUAUGCCAAGGGUAAGACUCCAAGCUUAAAGAAACUAACCAGGGAGGUCUUGAAAAUUUCCAUCCAAGAAGGUGAGCAUUCUUCUGUCGAAGAUGCUCGUGCCACCAUGCUAUUAUAUAAGAAGGAAAAAGCUGAAUUCGAAAAGAUUCACAGAAACACGUUCAACUAA